AUGACAACUUCUCCUUCAGCCGCUCCUGAGACACAUUUUGUUGAGAUUGGAAAAAAAACACAGAAUGACGAAAGCCCUGUGAAAUCUUCUGGGCAUGAGGAACAAGACACAGGGUGGGAUGGAGGUUCAGACAGUUUGAAGACCAGCAGGAGCAGCGUGUUUUCCUCUGAUGACUCCCAUCAACCUGUCACAGGAGAAGACUGUGCUGAACUUCUACUGGCCUGUCUCUAUUGCCGCUUCCACGACUUCCUGCUCCUGCUGCAGGAUACAUCAAGGAGGGCUCUUGACCUCUGCUUUCCUUCAUUGGACUAUACCACUCAGUCCAGUCAGAGGGACCACCAGGGGUGGGAAGGCUGGGAGUGCAAUCUGGGACUGGACUGGGACUUGUGUAACUCCUGCCAGGACUCAGCAGAACUUCUGGAACUGGCCAUGGAGAUAUCAGAAGUGUGCUAUCGCUAA